GAGAGACUCGUACUUUCCUUCAGCUGCAUUCAAUCUCAUUCUCAUCUAUAUCAGCACUUAUCUCAUUGUCGUCAUUAGCCUCAGAGUUUACCACCGUAUCAUAUUCCACAAUUAUACUCAUAACGUUAAUUGAAAAUGUCUUUCAAUGUCUACAUGGUCGACUUCCUUGGUAUCUCGCGAGGUAUCUUCGUUCAAACUGAUGAACAAGGAAGCGAUAGCGGUCAUCUCUAUCAAGUAAUCGGCGACAUGCAAAACGGCAUGAUUCAUUCCCACAAAGAGAUCAAACGUCCGAACAAUGCCAGCAGAUUCAUCGGCACGGUAUCGGUAUCUCAAUACUCGCAAAUUCGUGCCAUCUGCGAUUCUAUCACUACAGGACCACCGAAAAUCGACCCCGCGAAUUCUCUUCGCCAUUAUCAAGAAUGGACCAAUAGUGUGGUGGAAUUACUUUUUGCUAGGGGAGUCUUGCAAAGACCCAACCCCCUCUCAAUGUCUACACAAUUACAGAAUGUCUCGAGGCGGGUAGACCAAUGCUGCUCGCCAAUAUACGAUAACCGUAGCUUUGACUGGAUCAGCGCGAGUCGAUUGCAGGCUCCUGGGAUGGCGAUGUGACUAGAAGAUUGGGAAGUUUGGCUUGAUUUAUCAAUUGGUAGAUGGAGUUUGGGUCUUGCGGGUCAUAGGCAGAGGAAAACAAUAUGGGAUGCUUGGCGGCGUUGGAGGUGUCUUGAAAGUCAGUUGCAGCAACAGGCUUGCUGUCGCGAUAUGAUUUGUAAAACAUUCGUUUGCUCACUGGAUUUCCAUAACAAUAAUUCAUGCUCUUAUAAAUCUUUUACAUUCACUAUGACCCUAAAAUUUUGUUGAACAAUUUUUCUGCCUGAAUUUGCCUUCACUUCUGACUCCUUAAUAAGAAUCCA